CAACUCACUAUUCUUACCCAGAGAUGCUUUCAGUGAGCAGACUGAUAAUAGGACAGGAGAACGGUGUAGGGGGUCAAUUGGAAACAGUUUUCAGUGUGACAGGAACAGGAAGUGGUGAACAGAGCGAGAUAAAACAUGAGGCUUCUCUGUUCCUCUCUUUUGAUACUGCCUGUACAUCAUCGUCAAAUUCAUCCGGCUUUGCCAUGAAUUUAACUUAAAUCUUGAGGGAGUAUUUUCAGCCCCCAUCCUGCGUGGCACCUGCUUGAUUAUUUGAAGGCAAAAUGACACAAAACCAUGCUGGGACUGCCCAUGGUGCCAUGAAAAAGAUACAGGAACUUAAAAUUGUGAUAGUGGGAGAUGGAGGCUGCGGAAAAACAUCACUUCUGAUGGUUUAUGCUAAAGGUGACUUUCCAGAGAAAUAUGCACCGUCAGUGUUCGAAAAAUAUGUCAGCACUGUCUCUCUGGGAGGAAAAGAGAUAAAGCUCAACCUGUACGACACAGCUGGACAAGAUGACUAUGACAGACUACGGCCGCUCUCAUACCAAGAAGCGGAUCUGAUUCUAGUCUGCUUUGAUGUGACCAACCCCACCAGCUAUGAGAAUGUCCUGAUAAAGUGGCACCCAGAGGUGAAGCACUUCUGUCGGGACACUCCAGUCAUCCUGAUUGGCUGCAAGACUGACCUCAGGAAGGAUAAAGAGUGUGCCAGGAAGCUCAAGGCUACGAGUCAGGAUCCCAUCACUUACACACAGGGUGAGGAGACCCGGCAGCAGAUGAAUGCAGAGCUCUACCUCGAGUGUUCGGCAAAGUAUCAGGAGAACGUGGAAGACAUUUUCCGGGAGGCCACCAAGAGAACUUUGGCCUUCAAUCGAAAACAAAGGAACUGCAGGAGGAAGAAGAAUUGUGUCGUUUUGUGAAGUCAAAAGUAAAGAUUGGACAUUUGGACAUUCAGAGAUCAAAGAUGCUUGGCGUCAGAAUGCAUCCCCUGGGUGAUAAAAAACACUUUGGGCCUCACUGAAUCAUCAGCCCUUUACCGUCACCAGAAAACGACUAAUGACGUAACAGGAAAGACGAUUUUGCAAGAAGCGGCAGAGUGUGGUGCAACUUGAAAUGCCUUCUGUCGAUUUAUUUUGACUUUUGUAUGAGACGUUUAGUAUUUUUAUAGUUUUUCCUCUAGUAGAAAGUUUUGCCGUUUCCAAACCUGUGCCUUUAUUGAAAUGUUUAUACAUUGUAGGAAUUUGAACAGUUAGUUCUUGUAUUGAAGUUUGUGUCUGAAUCUGGUGUAAAAGCUGCUGGUAGGCAACAAAUUCCCAGACAAAAAUAGUAGAAAUGCAAUAUAUCAUGGUACUGCAGCUUUAACAGUCUUGAGAACUUGAUCAUAACCCAACAGGGUUAGUUCAGUUCCAGUAAAACAAAACACUGAACUAGAGUUCGUUUUGAAGCCAAGUCAACGUGAAGCAGGACUCUUAUCUGUACCAACAGCACCCACUAGUGUUGGACCCACUGAAUGUGUUCAAUGGCUGCACAAGUUGAGGUAUUCACAUUUUCCUCACAGCACAUUGAAGGAACACUGAAAUAAAUGACAUUUAUUUUAGUCCCAUUGCACAAAAACACAGACAUAGCAACACUGUUGUUCAUAAGGUGUUUAAUUAUUAAUAUAUUGUUUUACAACAAUGUACACAGAUCGAGAAACUUAACCGUCUCAUCGCUGAUCCCACUCAGGCACCAGCUACAGUGUUGAAAUGAACGAUAAAAAAAACAAAACCCAUUGUUUAACAUCAGCUACAUCAUAAAAAUGAGGAAAUCAAGUUGUUUUGUGCAUUCUGGCAGCUCGCACAUCAAAUGGAACAUUUUGGUCUGUAAUUUAACAUGCUCCAAUUUCCCCUCAAUAAAUGUGAUGCAUCAAUA